CGUCAUCAAAUUGCGCUGUUGCCCCUCGCAACAGUCUGCGGAGAAAACGCUGACUAGCAAGCAAGCUGGUCUCAGGAUGGUAAACAUCGACUGAAUUUCGAAAAAGUAGCUACGAAAAAGUAAAGAUAACAACAGUAAAUAAUGCGUAAAAUAAGUACCGACACCCUGUGGGAUUUGGCUGCAGAUGAGGUCCGGGCCAGAGAGAGAAGAAGUAGACAAGAUCAGGAUGAUGAUGAGAAUGAGGAGGAUGGCCAUGCGCACUGCGAGAGGACUGUUUUCUUUAUGGGCAGUAAAACCGGGGGUAAAACAACAAUACUAUUCAGGUGUAUUGACAGAGAUGAAACCCCCAAACCAACCCUGGCUUUGGAGUACACGUUCGGUAGGCGAGCAAGAGCACACAGCACACUCAAAGAUAUAGCUCACCUGUGGGAACUGGGAGGAGGCACAUCUUUAUCAGAUCUUGUGCAGAUACCCAUCACGUCUCAGAACCUCAGCAUGUUGUCUCUGGUGUUGGUACUGGACCUGUCUAAGCCCAAUGCACUCUGGACCACCAUGGAGAAACUCCUUCAGGCAGCUCUAAACCAAGUGGAAAAGGCAUUUGCCAUAACCACGAGGCCAGGAGAGGCCAGACCCAGCAAACAGUUAAGCCAAAGCAGAGCAUUGCGUAUCCUCCCCAAAGACCACCCAGACAGAGAGCUCAUCAGCCCCUUCCCUGUGCCUCUUCUUAUGAUUGGUAGCAAGUUUGACAUCUUUCAGGACUUUGAGUCAGAGAAGAGGAAGGUGAUUUGUAAGACCCUGCGUUUUCUGGCUCAUUACUAUGGUGCAUCCCUGAUAUUCACUAGCAGUAAAUCAGAGACAACAGUGUCUAAAGUCAAGAACUUCUUCAAUCAUCUAGCUUUUGGGACUGAUAGAGGGAAGUAUUUCUCUACAGACCACAGCAAGCCUCUCGUAAUUCCAGCAGGCUUAGACUCUCUCAGUCAGAUUGGAUCUGUUGCCGUUGAUCUUGGAACACUGCACGCUAAAACUCCACUGGACCUGUGGAAAAAAGUUUUUGAAAGGUUUUUUCCUCCAGAGAGCACUAAUGAACGCAAGGAAGUGAAAGAUCCCGCCAAAGACCCCCAGUACAGUGAACUACUUAUAGAUGCCAUGAGAGCACAGAAAGACCAGGAGCUGGAGCAGUAUAAGCGAGAACUGGCAAAGUCAUGGAAAGGCUUGACUCUGGAGUCCUAGAGCUACGGAUACACAUCCUAAAAACCUCAGCAUUAAUGUAUGCUAUUUCUACAGUUCUCUCUUUUUUUUCUCCUAGAAAAAUUAUUUUUGACACUGUUCCAUUUACACAUGUAGUGAGUAGCUGAAGCAGAAUCCAGAGACAGUGCUUGGACGGUUUGUAAUAUCGUGUUUUUAUAUUAUUUUCUGAAAGAUGUAGUAAUUUAAUAAUUUGCACAUGUAAAUAUGCAGCUAGUAAUUGUAUAAAAUCUUAUUCUAAUGUCUUACUAUUUAGUAAAUUACAGAAUUCAUGAAAUCUCCAGUACUAUUGGCACCCUUCAACAAAAUGAGCAGAAAUUAAUAUAUAAGAUCAGUGAUGCACAAUAGGGAAUAUUUUUUAGUUUGAUCAUAUGGGGAAGCUGUAUAGGUUUAAUUUUAGCACAUUAUAUUUUCAAACAUAAAACCUUUUAUGGAGUAAUGCAUUUUGUUGCAGAGCGGUUUUAAAAAUGAUUGACACCCCCACAGUUCAUUUUGGUAAAACCUGUCCUGGAGAAAAUACAGUUGUGCUCAUAAAUAUACACACCCCUUGCAGAAUCUGCAAAGUGUCAAUAAUAAUAAUAAAAAGAGGAAUCAUUAAAAUUGCAUUUUGUUUUUUAUUUUGUACUCCCCUGAAUAAACUUUUUUACAUAACAGAUGUUUACAUAUACGUCUCCAAGAUAAUAACUGAACCGGUUCAAAAGUUUACAUACGCUUGAUUCUUAAUACCAUGUUAAUACCGUUUUUUCUGUUUUCUGAUAGUUAUUCAUGAGUCCAUUGUUGUCCUGAGCAGUUAAACUGCCCACUGUUCUUCAGAAAAAUCCUCCAGGUCCUGCACAUUCUUUACUUUUCCAGCGUCUUCUACAAUUGAGCCCUUUCCAGCUGCGGCUAUAUGAUGUUGAGAUCCAUCUUUUCACACUGAGGACAACUGAGGGACUCGUACACAACUAUUACAUAAGAUGCAAACAUUCACUGAUGCUCACGAAGGUAACACGAUACAUUAAGAGCCAGGGGGAUGUAAACUUUUGAACAGGAUAAUCGGUGUAAAUUCAAGCAACUCUGCGAAAUCCUGUAUGGAUUGUAUUAUGACCUGAUUGUGCUUAAUUAUUAUUUUUUUUAUCUUAUAAUGUACUUUUUAUAAACAUUACCUGACUUUUAAAGAUUAAAAAUUUUCUUUCUGGGUUGCGUUGGAAGCACUCUGGUUUUCUACAUGGUGAUGGAUGAUGAGGGAGUUUUAUCUGUGCAGCCUCAUAUUUGUCAAAAUGAACAGUUUCUAGACACUGGGAGCAAUUUAUUUUAGAAAAUUGAUGUUUUUUUUUAGGAGGUUUGCAUGUUCUGAAAUAUUUUAGGGGGUCAGUAGUGUCCACCAAAGUUCCACCAAGAAAAUGAUUCAUAAAUAAAUAAAUAAAACCGAAAAGGAACCAUUUUUAAAGGAAUGAUUUUGGCAAACAGAUGUCAAAUGCUUAUGAAAGUCUUUCUUGUGAAAAAGUUUCAGUCAUGAUUUAGAUCAAGGACUUUAUUGAAAUGCAGGAUAUAUACGCAGACAAUUAUGCUUAAUUAGGGUCCAGGAAUUUUUUCUCCUUUUAUUGAGAGCACUGAAAAGAUUCCAUAAAAAAACAACAAAAAAAAUAAAAACAAAACUGAAACACCAGCAAAAAAAUUGUGCUGCAAAACAUUCAAGGCAUUAAACAAAAAAAAAUGUAAACAAAAAUAAAUAAACACAUUUAUCAAAAACAAGGAAAAAGAACAAAAACUGUAUUUUACAGAUGAAUGUAAACUGAAACAAAAAUGAAACAAACAAAACUGUACCAAGCAUGUUUUCUGUUCCCCAUCAUGUAAAAUGUACUAUUUAUACUAUUAUAAAUGAUACUACUAUUUAAAAAAAAAAAGAAAAAAAGAAAGAAAGAUAUAGUUUUAGGGGGUGGGAGGAUCAUCCCACUGAAAAUACAACCUGUUAUGAGAGCAGUAUGAUGUACAGAUAUGAUUAGGAUGUCCUUUUAUGCCCUGUAUGGCCUUUAACACACAUAACAUUAACUUACAGGAGUCCAGGAACCUUAAAAUAACACUUGUGUACACUACAUUAUGAUUUUCAUUCCUAAAACUGCCCAUGCACUAGAUUUUCCACAGUGGGCACUUCGCUGAUACAUUUAUCAACAACAAAAGAACAAAAAAAUAAAAAAGUCCUGUACCUAUCUUCACUAUUGUUUUAGUUGCUAAUGACAGUCUCACUACUCUCUCUCUCUCUACGACACACAGAUUCACAAUGAAAGGCUGAGUUAGCUCAUCUCCCACCCUUCCUCAGGAACAGAAAUACAGCUGAGCAGCAAGCGAUGACAGGAGAGUAAGACAAUACAGUACAUACACCAUAUGCUGGGAUACCUUCAUGGAAAACAUGACCAAUGAGCAUUUGGAGAUUUUUGAAAAUGCUGACAAUCUGCCCAACACUCACCGUUGCGUAUCUAAUCCCCUGUAAUUACAUACUCUGAUUAGAGAACGUUAGUGUAUUGAGAUUAAAAACGUAAAACGUUCGACUGACCGUAACGUAUCCGGAAUGUGAGUGAGCCUUGCGUUAAAGGCUGUUUGAUCUAAGGCUCAGGUCACAGUAGCACAAAGCACAGAGAUCUUAGCGAAUGAGAGAUGUGCAACACAUAACCACGUUGCAUUUCACUAAUAUGUUGUGUAAUACUGCAUAUUUUCCAAAAGCCUCUUUCCAAUGUGAGCGAAAAUAAAACGAUGGCUAAAUAUCAGACGUUUGCUGAUUUUUUAAAAUUUUAUUUAUAUUUUGAACCUUCUACCAGGUUUGCUACUUAUCCUUUCGUCUAAAAGGUUACCAAAAAUAAUAAUAAAUCAGUGCAUGAAAAUUGAGUAACUCAGUAAAUGUUCUGUUUAGUGGAGCCAAAAUCACUGAGCUGACCUAUGCUAAUUUUAAUGGCGUAAAUGCACUUUGGGUAAUCAAGAAAUCAGAUUUCUUCAGUUGAAUAAACUGGAUGGAAUUUACA